AUGAAGUCUGAAGAUUGUUAUCCUUCCUCCAACAUAGUAAAACAAUCAAGAACUAUGAGUAAUCAACUCAUGUCUUACACUACUUCCCUUUCAACAGAUUUAACUUACAGAAACGUGAUGGAUUGUUAUGCAACCAACCCUGGACCUGUCGAUGAUUCUAUCUUAUACGAUCAAGACAAGCAUGUCUCAGCUGCCGUUUGGGAAGGACAGGAGAGGGGUGCACUCAGAUGCCACGAGCACACCUCCAAGCUCGACCGCUGGCUUCUUACAGACAAACAGAUAGAACUCUGCUGGAGUUUCUAUCAUCUGAAUGUUGGCCGGCCCAAGCUUCACCACGACCCGAUUCACGAAUGCUUUCCUUUUGUACUCAGAUGGAAAGGAAAACACAGUGGUCCGACCUCAAAUCGUGAUGUGGUAUUCUACCGUAAGGCAUUGGAUUCUCUAAAACCUACCGAC